AUGGGAGUACACAGCGAAUGGGCUCGAAUGGAGGGGUCAACCCUUUCACCCUUCGGGAACCACAUCCUGCGCGUGGAGGCCCCUCAGCGUUAUGUGGCCCCUAGAUUACCAGAGUAUAACGGGACAGGAGACCCCUCGGAAUACGUAUGUCAGUUUGAGCAAAAAAUGUUAACCGUCUCCGUCCCGCUAGAGGACUUGGAGGCAAUCAAAUUUAGCGAAGAAUACGUCAGUAUCCCGAAAUGCACCGAUUCAGUGGCAACAAAAGCAUUAAUGCAAGGAUUGAUACACGGUUCAGAAUUAAAGAAGGCGAUAAUAGUGGAACCUGGCCUGUCCCUCACAAGGGCUCUAACCAUGGCAAGAGGAUAUGUGGCCUUGGAAGUAGAAGAGAAACGACACAAUGAGGAAGUGUCGCGUGAAACCUUGUCAUCAGGAGAUACUUUCCUCUUCGAAUCUAAGAACCGGACACCAGCUGUACCGCCUCAUAAUAGAACUGACAACCGCUCGGCCAAUGAAAGGAACACCCGAGGGACAGUAAUGGUAAGUAUGGGUGAGGCGGGGCAGCCACACGCCCAACGGGGAGAAGAGGAGCUACCACGGAUGACCAUUACCUCAACUGAGUUGAUAAGACGACUGCGGGGAUUGAAGGAAACCAAGUGGCCCCCAAGAAUGGCCACUGACCCCGGCAAGAGGGAUAAGGGGCGAUAUUGCGCCUUUCACGGAGAGCACGGUCACGCAACCUACGAGUGCAGGCAGUUGAAGAUAGAGGUCAACCGUCUGGUGAAAGAAGGAUUCUUCCGGGACUGCCUCGUUUCGAACGCCGCACUUCACAUCCAACGGGGAAGUAACAAAAGCCAGGAUCAGUCCCCUCCACCGUACAUUAAGAAAACCGUAAAUGUAAUCUCGGGAGGGUCAGACCUGAGCAGGAAUUCAGUGCGAGCUUCGAUGGCACACGCCCGACGGGUCCAAUCGGUAAGGGCUAUGACGUUAAUUGACAGCGAUGGCCCUGACGUGCUCUUAUCAUUUAACCAAGGGGAAGCCUCUGAAUUAGAACACCCCCACGAUGACGCUCUUGUCAGAAAUAACAUUUAA